AUGGCUGUAUUUGGCGCCUUGGACGUUAACGAUUGUAGUUCUAGCUUCUGAGUUUCUUCGCUUUUUCCAAGUGAGGCGAAUUCGUUUUCUCUUUCACGACGAGGGAAAGUGAACUCAAGCUAAGGAAGUUGACAAGUACGAUUGUUUGUAGUCGAAAAUUUUCAUCUUAGGCAUAGCUGCUUGCGUUCUCUCGUGUGCUGUCUCGAUCACUAGAUUUUGCUGAAAUCUAGCAUUACCAAGACGUGCUGGGGAUCAGAAUUGAAAUUCUCCUGUACUACUCAUUUCUUCUUUAUUUGAGCACAAAACUGGUAAACUUGAUUGUACUUUACCUUUCAGUCAAGCUUGUAACCAAUCAAACAUCGCAACGGAUAUCUGAAACUGAUGGAAGCGAGGAAAGUACAUUUAUAGAUGCAAAGGCCAAUGUCGUAAGUCGGCUCUGGAAAGUCUUAAGCUGAUCCUUCCAUUUAAAUACAUCCUGAGCACACGAAGCCAGACACCUGGAAUCAGCAGAAAAUAGCUUCAGGCGUUAUAUGGGAAACAUGUUACAAUCUUGAACAGCGAUGUCCGAUCAAGUUGCAGGUGAAGUCUUUCGCGAUGAUACUCUCCCGUUCUUGGUAAAUUUCUCACUUAACGAAGAUUCAGCGUGCUUCUUCGAGCAAGGUGACCAUGACAGGGUUUACUAUUGGCAAGCUCCAUUUGGAAUGACUGAAUCUUAUUUUCUUGACUUCUUAAUCGAAGUCGUAAAUGAAAUCGUCUUGACUGAAGUCUCCAAUGGGGAAACGGGCCGAUUACUCGAGCUCCUCCUUCCUACUUCAGAAUUACUUCCAACGUUACAAAGACAGAAUCAGAAACGUAUAAAAUUGUUGAAAAGAAAUGACGAGGACGCCACAUCCAUAUUACGCGAAAACCUCGCUGGCUUUGAACAAAUAAUUGUACUUUACCCCUCCUUGGGAAACAUAUCAAGCGUACAUCUUCGAAUAGACGACGUAACAGAUCCUUCCGGGGAGAUACGAAAAACAAUCAACCAAAUUCGUCUGAGUGAAGCAACCUUUUAUGCUGAAAGCGAUGCAGAGGAUGAGAAGGAGGAAAGCCAAGAUAUUUAUUCUGAAGAAAUUUACUCGUCAGAUGAAGAUGAAGAAGUUGAGCGGGAAGUCCAAGCAAGCCCGGACAAGCCUUGCUAUUAUCCUUCCCAAAUAGAAAUGGCAACGAUUUUAAGGAAACGAAUUGAAGCCAUUAUGUCCCAUUACCAUAACAUUUCAAGACUCAAGGAGGUCUUCAACGAUAUUGAAUUCGUAGUGUACACAGCCCGGUACAGAAUGCUAAGCAAUCAGACGGAGAAGAGGAUUCGCCAUCCUGACGCAGGUGUACUUUCAAAAGAAGAACUCGAGUCGUGCAAUUGUGAACGUGAUGGAAAGAAACGGAUGUUCAUGUACGUUCGCAGCGCAGAGACGGAUACGCAUUUUGAAAAACUUAAAGAAGAUGUUCAGGAAAAACCCCAGACACUCUUUGUCAUUGUAGCAGACGAAUGCCACUGGGGAAUAACCAAAGACAAAGCGAGCAAACCCUCUGCCCAUAAUCUUUUCAUCAAUGAAUGGUCCAAAGGCAACCCCCCCAAAAAUGUUAUUGUUCUACAAAUCUCAGCGACACCGUUUAACCUCCUGACGCAGAACUCUCGUCUUCCUCUGGUUCCGUGCGUUAUUCUCAAGGACAACGUCUCUCCAACCAACCAAGCAGGCGAUCUCGUGGUCCUUAAGCAAGAACCUGACUUGGAGCGAGUAGGGGAAACCUCAAAGAAACUUGAACUUCACGUUGUCCACUGGUCAGAAGUUGAACUUAAAAACUUUGAGAGAGGAAUGCGAAUGAAACUCAAGUCAACUCUAAACAUUGAAGAUUCUCUCUACAAGUACCUUCAACUCUCUACCAAGGGAAACCUAGGUGUCACAUCUGUACCAGAAGAGGCAACGGAAUUCCUUAUCCAAGGUAGCCACGGCAUAGUGACUUUGAAAGCAGAAGAAAAAGGAGGACGCUUGUUGACGGUCACCACGGAUACCCAUGGAAACUUAGAAGCCAAAAGUGAUCCUCCAGUACCAACAGAAUUUGAGGUUAAGAUGGAUUUUGGAGUUGGAGUUGUCGCUUUUCGAUCUCGCGACGAACGAGAUCGCUACAUUUCUGUUGACGCGACUGACUACGUCAGUUUGCAAACCGCCAAAAUUGAGCGAAAAUGUGGUGUUUCUAUUAUGAAACCAAAACAUAACCUGGCUAAAGUUUCUUUCCAAUUCUACACUGAUCAGUCGGCACCAAUGCAGGUGAACACGGUUGGGAAGCAGUAUAUGAGUUUGAACUACUAUCUCAGCACCCUGAACAGUCCCAUCAAGAAAGACCAGAAAAUUAGGGAAGAUGAGACCUUUCAAAAUAUUGUGGAUAAGGCCAAGAGAGAAAGGAAAAUGUCACAGUCAGGCUCGACUUCUUUUCCAAUUGAUGCCUUGCUUUGUGCUGAUUACUGCUACCACAUUAUACUUUCGAGCGUUUUCAACAGAGGUGACGAGAUAUGUAAAGCACUGACUGUUAAAGUCGAAGAAUCACCCACUAAUGAAUUCCACAGACGUCUCACAUUGUUCAAGAAGAAACUCAAUGCACCGGACGUGGAAAAGUACAUCCACCCGGAGGCCUUCGAGCUAAUUCAAAGAAAUAUCUGCGACAGAGUAACACAACAAUUUAAGGAAGACUUGAAGAACGUGGAGAAGCUGAAGAAACAGAGGGCAUCCAAGUGUACUGAAUUGCAGACAGAACUGGCCAUCUCAUUUGUUGAAUGCAUGAUGCACCUUCCUACGCAAGAACUCGAGGAAUUAAAACACUACACACCCUUAAACAUUCAACAAGAAUUGCAAGCAAAUGGUUGUGAGUUAAUGGUACAAAUAUGGCACGAUCUAGUACAAAAACAUGAAACAAGUUCCUUAGUGGAAGAUCUGAUCCAGAGCGGAAAGGGAGAUCUAGGAAAGAUGAAAAUUGUACGAGCUAAAACAAUGAAAACUGCUGAUCAAUUUUAUUACACAGUUCAAUUAGCGCGAGAAGUUUCGGGUCUCAAAGAGUACUUUGAAGUCAUUAGAGACUAUGGAGGUAUUCAGAUUGAGAACCAGCUUAUGAAAUCGUCAAAUCCCUUCUUUAAAAAGCUUCAACCAGAAGCUUGCACCUACAAGUUUGAUUGUCAUUGCAGUGAGUUGAAACUACAACCUAGACAUAAAAUAUGUGUUAACUGCCAGCACGUGCACAAAUUGAUAACGCAGUAUGAAGACCUGGAAAACCUGGCAUGCAUACUCAUUCUGGUCGAUAAAGGCCGCAUGGGAGACACAUUUCCCCAGAGUUUUGACUGUCUCGACUUGCGACUUAGCUACGAUAGUAGUCAAGAGUUUAAGGAGGGCUCGGCAGUCUAUCUCUCCAGUCUUAUUCAAGAGCUUGGAAGAAUGUGCCGUUAUACUCAAGUUCCCACAAGUGCGACUCCAUAUGUAUUGAUUGGGCGACAGCUAUUCAAGAGACUCAAGACGUCAGUUAAGAAGUCUCCAUCAAUAAGUGCAACUUCCUGUAGUAAAGCAGACCGGUAUAUGGCUAAGACGCCCCGGAUCAAAGACGCACAAUCAUCGGCUUUGCGAUGGCUAGACUAUGAAGCACAUAAAGACAGCUACGAUUAUGGAAACUCACAAACGCACUGCAACAGAAUCCUUCUGCAAGCCGAACCUCAGAUUGGCAAGACGGGAACGUACUUGUGCCUGAUAAGAGAAUUGCGACUGAAUAUUCUGGGAAAAGAAAGAGUUUUGCUCACUUCACCCGCUACAUUUGACGAAGGUUCCUUUUACCAGUGGAAGGAAAGAAAUAAUCCUGACGAGUCGGUUAUCACAGAUGUAGAUGAAUGCAAAUACUGGCAAUUUCCGUACUGGAAGACAAUCGCGACUUGCCCAAGCCUGCUCGACAAACCGGUUGAGAUGGGGAAGUAUUCAAUAGGAGGGUGCUUCUACUCUCAUGACAUGGAGGAAAAUCCAUUCAUUUUUCUGAAGGAGGAAGGGAAAACGCUAAUCAAGACCGGUCAUCAAAACCUUAAGACUGAUGAUUGUUCAAAUGGCCCCCGUGCUUGGCAUUGGUACCAUUUUGAGAAAUGUGCUGAGUGUGGAAGACUUCUACAGGGCAAAGAAUCUAAGCUGGAAAAUGUGGUGGUAGACAUUGCUGGAAUCCCCGUCACUGUUACAUGCUCCUUGCCCAGCAAUUGUCCGUCAUUCACUCAACUAAAAGAAAAAUUAACGAGCAGUAAAUCUCUAGUGGAUGGUCUCACUUUGCCAUACUGGAUAUUUCAUCCUUCACACAGAGACGAUCCUAGGAAGUGCACUUUGAAUUACCACCACGUAAUGCAAGAAAACGGACGCGUUAUCAAUUAUGUCCAAGUUGUCGUUGUUCGAAAGGAAAAGUUCGAGGCCUACAGAUCCACCUGGGGAAAGGUACUCGUCAUUGUACCACUUCCAGAGGAACUACCCAAUUGCGGCCUUGGACCGGAAGAUGGAGGAAUUGGUUAUGCCAGACUGUUUAUUCAAAAGUUCGCAUUUUCUUUAGAGCUUGAAUACGUCUUCAUGAUUGAUGACAAUAUCGCCAUGAUGUCAGAAGCAGAAUUUUCAAAAGAUCACAUGCCUGGAAAAGAAGUAAAAGUACUCAGAGAUGACAGUGGGGUGAUGCAAAUGCGGCGAUGCACUUUCCUUAAGCCUUUGUCAAGUCUUCAAAAAAUAGUACAGGGAAAGGACACUCCAACCAUGGCUGACAGGGAACACGAGUCUCAUCCACUAAAAGAUGAUUUUGAAGCCCAAGGCUUUCCACUGUAUACCUACACUGGUCCUGCGAAAUUGUUCCGCGAUAAGCAACAUGGGAGCUAUGGUGUUCUUGGUCUGAUGAGAAGUGUCCCAAAAGCAGUGAGUCCGUUCAUGAAGACCCAGGUGUACGCUGUGGUCUUGCUCAAUGUCAAAAGUACUGUGGACAAAGGCGUCUUUUACCGUCCAUGGCCCUGCUGGGAAGAUCUACGCUUCAACGAUGAUUGUGACAAAGCAGGUCUAUGGGUUGUUAGAUGCAACCGUUACUCUUUCGUCAAAGUUCAGUACAAAGCCUGGAUUGAGAGCCUCGUCCUGCCUCAAGUCUUCCCUUGGGAUGAGAAAUGUUCAAUCGUGGAGAGACCAGUUGAAAGCGAGCUACCAGAAGCCCUGGAAGAGGAAAUUAUCCUAGAGCACCUUUGCAACUUUGUGAACACCAGUGGUCCUGACAAGUGUUUCAAAGAGAGAAUUGAAUAUGAUAGACUGGUGAAUAAAGAAGCAGCAGAUUCUCCCCUUCGUAUCCUCGAGCAACUUGAUGUGGGUAUGGUUGCAGAAGAAGAUCUCACCAGGGGAGUUUCUUUCCUGGUUCUCUCCUACUUUCCAGGAAAUCGGAGAAGAGAGACCUUAGAUGUCCUUGAUUCAAAUUUCUGUGAUACAAAGAAGAAAAUUGUUUUCGUUGCAAGUGCCACAGAAGCAAACAGGCGAUGGCCUCAAAUGACUGUGCAAACCAUAUCAACCAGGCACGGUAUUUGUCACAACGAUGAGAUGACUGAUAGAAACGCACAAUUUGCCAUUUUUUCCGCGGCAGACCCUAAGAGGCACCGUUUGCGUUGGAUUUUGAUCGAAGCAUCCUUCUCGCAUAACAACGACGUAGUUAAGACAGAAAUGGGCACAAAUGAUAUUGAGGCUUUUGAAAAAAGCCUUGAAAACAACAGAAAUGCGCUAACUCUGGAGGAAAGUACCUCGUCUAACCAGCAAAACACAGGCAAAACGACGAAAGGAGUUAAGAGAUCGCUGCAGGAAUCCUCCAAUGACUGCCAAACAUUCAAAAGGCAAAAGAUUCAAGAAGAAUGCCGGAAACGACGUAACAACCAAGAAGGCGAGACGAUGUCGGCAGAUGGGACAGCGGUUAGAAAAGAGAGAGAAAGUAGUAGUAAAUCUCCCCAUUCGGUGAGAGAAGUCGACUAUUUAGCUUUGUUCGGUGGAGAAGGAGAUGCCGAAGUCGAAAGUAACUCUGACGCCAGUAUCGUAAGCGAAACCCCGCAGUCUCAAGAGAGGAGCCAAGAAGAUGGAUGUAACAAUCGCAAGUAUUUUGAAGGUACCAGUGAGGUCACUAAAGCUAUCGUCGAUCUUUGGAUGGAAUACAAGAAAAUUCCAGGGAGCACUAAAAAGGUGAAGCAGGAAACAGGAACGAGCGAUCUUACAAUGGAAUAUGUAAAGAGCAAGCUUUCGAAAUUCACUCUUAGCCAGCUAGAAGAAAGAGAUGAGAGUGGUUACAAUGCGCUCUUGAAAGCCUGUUCAUUACCAUCCAUGAGUCCUCAUGUAAUGCAGUAUCUCAUAAAUGAUGCAAAAGUAGAGAUCAACUCUCGUUUGCCUCCUAACUUUGGCAGGCACCACCCAGCAGGCGAAGGGUUGAUUCCAGGAAUGUCUGCUUUGUCAGUGGCUAUUAAAUGUGGAAAGAAAGCCAAAACGCUUCAAACUUUCACGAAACGAGGAAAAGAAAUUUCGGUAGGAACUUCUGACGAGGAGGGGAAUACUGCUCUUCACCACUGUGUUCUAUCCUGUUCUAAAUUUGCCUUUAAGAAGGUAUUCCCUCUAUACAAGAACAAGAAUUGGAAAACGAUGAUCAACGGUGAGGGAAAGAGCCCUUUAGACAUUGCCAAGAACAUGGAAUGGAGUAGAUUGAGCGAAGGUAACCAACAGACCAUUGCAUUCAUGCUUAAGGAAAUGGAGGGAGGCGAGAAAUCUAAUUACCAUCCAAAUUGCAUAAAAAAAGUGCCGUUAAUGAAUGAUGGCUCUCUUGAAGGAAAGCAAGCCAACAGCGAUCAGAAUAAACGCGUACAAACAUUUAAAGAAAUGGAGGGAGGCGAGAAGUCUAAUUAUCAUCCAAAUUUAUUAAAAAAAGAGCCGUUAAUGAGUGAUGGCUCUCUUGAAGGAAAGCAAGCCAACAGCCAUCAAAAUGAACGCGUAAAUACAUUCAAUGAAGAACAUCAGGAAUGGUCCACCCAAAUAAAGCGACCAAAAAUUGGUGACGGUUACGGCCAGCAUGUAGAAGAAGUAGUUCCUGGCAAAGCUGUUGAUGGAGGCGGAAAAGUUGGUCUUGGUGACGACUCCAGUGAUAACGGAAGCGUUAAGCACGAUACUUUGGGGAAGAAAGCUGAUAUAGUCCAAUCUUUAGAUGCCGCCGCGCAUAUGGAUGGUACCAACAGUGUCACCGGGAUUAUCGUGGAUUUAUGGAGAGAGUAUAAAGAAAUGCAAACGCAAGUUGAGGAAAAGGGCAGAAGCGACCUAACCACAGACGAAAUUCAGAACAAACUCGAGCAUUUCUCAAAAGAUCAACUGGAUGCAGCAGAUGAAAGAGGCUACAAUGCACUUCUUAAAGCCUGUUCCUUGCCUGCUAUGAGUCCUCAUGUAAUGCAGUACCUUAUCACUACAAGAAAGGUUGACCUCAAUUGUCAGCUUCCUUCUGAUUUUGAUGUGAAUCACUCAGAGGCUAAGGAAUUAGUUCCAGGAAUGUCCUCUUUGUCCGUGGCAAUCAGAAAAGGAAAUGUAAAAUCAGUCUCCACGUUUAUGAAUAGGUCAAUGUGGAUUCAAGUAAGAAGUUUUGACGAUAAUGGAAACACCGCUCUGCAUCAUUGUGUGAUUUCGAUUUAUAAAACUGCCUUUGAUAAAAUUUUUCCCCUUUUCAAGCCGCUGGAAUGGAGAGAGAUGCGAAACAAAAGAGGAAAGAAUCCUUUGGACAUAUGUAUUGAAAAGGAAGAGGAACUACAAAGACAAAAAAAGGUAAAGGGAAAAAACCUGGAAAAGCUCAGAGACAUGCGUAAGGAAAUGGAGGUUUCAGCUUAAAGUUUACAAAUAUCAGCAUCCAAGCCAGAGGUGAACUACACCUUACACCCUUCGAUUUCUCUAAGUGGCAACUGGUAUUCCUCGUGAACAUGGAUCGAACACAGCAUUUAUCAGGCCUCAAUGCAAAACCGAAUAGGGUUUCAAGAGGAAAUUAUCAACUGAGUUUCGAACCUAAUUUAGGGAUCUUCUCAACCAAUCAGAGUAGUAAAAGACCUAUGUGAUAUUUUCCUUUGUUAUGAUUGGCUGUGGUGAUUACUGUGAAUUUGAUAUUACGACACUCUUGAAAAGUGCUCUGAAACCUAUUUGAAGUUUUGGUAUAACUGGUAAUUUGAUUCUCUGAAAUCUAGAAGUGCACAUCUAUUUUUGUAAUCACUUCUCGAGUUCUAACUAGCCACUGAAAAUUUCAGUGUAAAAGGUGUAAAAUUUGUCGUUACUUUGUACUUAAAAGCGUUUUAAAGUACUGCUUGUGAAAAAAAUUGAAAUCUUUCAUUAAAAAUGAACUGAAUACUGUGUUUUAGAAACCAGCAGCGUUAGCUAUUCGAAUAUACAUGGCGAAAGUAGGGUACAUAAUCUAUAUCUUUUAAAACUUUUGCAACUUUUUGGCUCUAAGAUAUUUUUCUAGGGAAUUUUUUUCCUUACCUACUAAUACGUUUUUAGCACAGUGACAUAGUAAGUGUUUUCAGGCAAAAUAUGUUCCGCCAACAAAUAUUGAACAGUUAAAAUUUUUAAUUAGUAAGUGUUUUAUAAGAAAGAACGAAGGCUUUGUGGAUACAAUCUAGACUUAAUAAACUUGUUUAGAAGCUAUCAAUUUGCGCCUAUAACUUUUUAGGUAAUAUUGUUGUAUGUUAUGACAAAAAAUUUAGAAAUUAACAUAUGAGAAAAAUUAAGGAUUUUCCAAUAAUACACUUGUAGUGCAAAACAGCACUUUUUUGUGAGACUAUUGAGACGUUAUCAUUAUUACAUACUUUAAAAGAUUUUCAUGUCUUGUAUAUUUUCUUUGAUUGUUAAGCAUUUUUCAAAACAUAAAAGCUGUUAAAAGUUGU